UGUUUCUUUGGUGUCACUGCCAUUCAGGGAAGAUCUACACUAAGUUAAAAAAGCAAAAGCCACAGAAGAAUUUCUGAAGACUUGCACAGCCUUUUCUUAAGAGAAGCUUUAUUCUAUUUUCAAGUCCAUCAUGGAACUCAACACCAGUACCAGACCAAUUCUUCUGACUGGAUUCAUGGGCCUGGAAAAGGACCACUGGACCUUGAUUCCAUUAUCUGCAGUGUACACUGCCAUACUUCUAGGUAAUGGCAUUCUCAUAUUUCUCAUUAGGGAUGACCAUAACCUCCAUGAGCCCAUGUACUAUUUCUUAGCCAUGCUGGCAACCACAGAUCUGGGGGUGACACUAGUUACAAUGCCUACAGUGCUGCGUGUGCUGUGGAUGAAUCAAAGGGAAAUUAGCCAUGAUGCUUGCUUUCUCCAAACCUACUUCAUUUAUAAUCUCUCUGUCACUGAGUCUGGAAUUCUGCUAGCCAUGUCCUAUGAUCUGUACAUUGCCAUCUGCGACCUACUGAGAUAUACUUCCAUUCUUACCAACACCAAGAUGAUAAAGAUUGGAAUGGGAGUUUUUACGAGGGGAUUUGUUCUCAUAUUGCCCCCAAUAUUGCCUCUCUAUUGGUUCUCUUAUUGUAGUUCCCAUGUCCUCUCUCAUGCAUUUUCUCUCCAUCAGGAUAUUAUUAAACUAGCUUGUGCUGACAUCACCUUCAAUCACCUCUAUCCUGUUGUAGUGAUAUUUACUAUGGUCUUACUGGACUGCCUGAUAAUCUUUUGCUCCUAUAUUUUGAUUUUUAAGACUAUCAUGAACAUCGUUUCUGGAGAAAAUAAGUACAAGGCCCUCAACACUUGUGUCUCUCAUAUAUGCUGCAUCUUGGUCUUUUAUGUCACUGUCAUUGGUUUGACAUUCAUCCAUAGAUUUGGGAAGAAUGUUCUCCACCUAGUACACAUCACAAUGAGCUACAACUAUUUCUUUUUCCCUCCUUUCAUGAACCCUGUCAUCUAUAGCAUUAAAACUAAGCAGAUUCGCAGUAGUGUACUCCAGUUAUUCUCUCCCAUCAAAAAUAUGACAUUUACUUUUCCCAUCUGGGAGAGGGCUAAGAGAUUAUAA